AUGUUGUUGACCCUAAGUUUUGACGAAGACGAAUCUUCAAAUGAUGAAGAAAAAUGUAUUCACAAGCUAUUGGGUUUAAGGAGUGAAAAAAUCAUCAACAUUACUGGCAAGAAAUUCCCAAAAGUGCUGUCCGAUGGAUGCCGACUCCUUGGAACAUCACGUGGUUGGGCAGUUUUUAUGCGUAUGCAUGACUCCACCAUACAUCUUAGCCAAGUGUGUCAUCCUUGGUCCUCAUCAGAGGCAUCUCACAAAACCAUUGCUCUGCCUCCAUUUAACGCUCAUCUUUCCGAUACGGUCAUAAAUGUUUCCAGCGAAAAUUCAAAUGUCGUUUAUUCUCGGAAAGACCAAAUGCUCUACGUCCUCCCAACAGAAUGUGCCUACAUGGCUGCCUUGGAUGUCAAGAAAAACAAGAUGAGCCCUAACUUUCUAAGGUUACAUUUUGAGAACUUCCCUUCGAUACCACAUCACGAGUGGCAGAUAUUGGCUUCAUGUUUACGGAGUGAUACUAUGGUAGAGUCGUCUUCAGGAGAACGUUUCAUUGUUCAAUGGUAUGCCGAGCCAUCUUCCAUUUAUGGGAACACUGCUAGAAUAAAUUUAUUCACCAAGCAAUUCAUGGUGUUCAGGAUAGAAGAAGGUGUGGGGAGAUACGAAGGAAGCAGAAUCAUCGCUAACUACACAGAAAACAUUGGAGAUCUUUGCAUUUUCAUUGGCGAGAAUGAGACAUUCUGUUUAGAGGCGAGCAAGUUUCCUGGACUCAGGCCAAACUCUAUAUAUUAUGCUGACUAUGGCUUUGGUAUUUACGACAUCAGUAGAAAAAGCAGCCGCGAAUACGAUACAAGUGGGUUUCCUACGACUCGCGGAAGAACUUUAUUUCUGUCUCCUCCUCUCUAUUAG